ACAAAGUGGGCAGUAUCCGCCGCGGUGUUCGCGGUGCUGGUGAUGCGGAGGGACCUGGCGGCGGCGUGGUGCGUGCUGGGAUCCAUCCUGGCGUCCUUCCUCAACAAGGCACUUAAGUACGUCAUUAAUGAGCAGCGGCCCCCAAGCGCGCGAAAGGCUGACCCGGGAAUGCCAUCCUCACAUGCAAACAGUCUCGCAUUCCUAGGCGUUUACACGGCACUGGCGCUGGCACGUGAGUCCCCGCCGCCGCUGGGCCCCGGCUCCGUCGCUGCUGCUGCCAUACUAGCGCUCAGCUUGUUCCUGACGUGGCUCCGAGUGCGGUUGGGAUAUCACACAGUACCCCAGGUGGCGGUGGGUUAUGGCCUGGGCGCCGCCACCGCCGCCACCUGGCACCAACUGGGGGUCCAACAUGCUUUGGAGUCGCUGGCGACGCGGCCGGAGCAGCGGAUGGCGCUAUACGGAUGUACGGCACUGGCAGUGGUGCUGUUUGCAGCACGCAACGUGAUGGCGUGGGUUAAGGAGCGGCACGUCUGCGGUGGCACGGAUGAGGCGGGCUUGAGUGGGGCCGAGGCGGCGCUAAAGCUGAAGGCAGCAUGA